UCUAAUUGAAAAAGAACGUGAAUGGUCGAAGCUAAAAAACAGGCUGUAUUCUGAGAUUUCUAAAUUAAGGAAAGACAUGGUUUCGUCCAUCAAUAAGCAAAUGCAUGCGGGCAGAGAAGGAAUGGUGACAGUACCAUCAAAAAGGUUGCAUUUUCUUAUAGAUAAAUUCUAUAACGAAGAAAAGAUGUUUUCGGUUGUUAUGGAAAAGGAACAGAAAAUCAACGAACUAAAACUGCUUCUUUACCAACAGCAGAUGACGAACCGAGAACUGCAAGAAAAACUGUUACAGUCGUAUUACAAUCCUCACGCCUAUGAUACCGUAUCACAGAGCACUAUGAGAGAAAACUUUAUCCGGGGCAUGAAUCGUGCUACACUAUCUGACUAUCUUGACAUUAAUGCUGGCUGUACUGUACCGUACAUUUCUCAGCAUCCGGACGAAAGCUUCCUAGAUGGCUUUAACAUCGGAGGAGACGAUAGCAGUACGAACAGAGUUGAAGGUCUACCAGGAACAAGCUCUUCUUCGCACUACCAAAUUGAUAGCAUCUGAAGUUACAAGAUAGCUGGGGAUGUAAUAAAAUGUCAUGAACAACAUCAACUACAAUAUCAAUGAUUUCAUUUAUUACUACAAAGGCGACGGGCGGUGGGAAAGCAUUGCAAAAAAUAACUUGCCAAACGGUGAGUCGUGGGGAUAACGGCAAAUUAUCCUGUAAUCUACAAGGACAGCGAUGACAACGUCACUGAUGACGACGGUGAUAAUGAUGAUGAUGAUGAUGAUGAUAAUGAUGAUGAUAAUGAUGACGAUACAGUGACGACGACGAUAAUGAUGACGAUGAUGAUAAUGAAGAGGAUGAUUCUAACAUCGAAAUGGCUGACUUGAAAUAUUAAGCUUUGAUAAAGUCAAUAUCAGCAGCCUAAAA